GCCAGCACCAAGUCAAGCAAGGGACAUGUGAAGUUGUGGCAGUGCAUCGUUGCUGCAAUAAGAACCGUAUUGAAGAACGCUCACAAACUGUCAAGUGUUCCUGCUUCCCGGGGCAGGUGGCAGGUACAACAAGGGCUCAGCCCUCGUGCGUGGAAGCUUCCAUUGUCCUACAGAAGUGGUGGUGUCAUAUGAACCCUUGUUUGGAUGGAGAGGACUGUAAAGUACUACCAGACUAUUCAGGUUGGUCUUGCAGCAGUGGAAAUAAAGUCAAAACCACAAAGGCAAGUACAGAGAUCGCCUAUAUUUAA